AUGGUGCCAGCUGUUGAUUACGAUGGUAAAUUCAUCAGCCGAGCUGGAAAACGAUGGCAGCCCUCCGGAAUACGCGGUCUAUUCCCUCUGGAAAAUCGACCAGGGAUGAUCAGUAUGCUCGCCGGGAAGCCCAACCCUGCAACUUUCCCAUUUGAAUCGAUUGCAAUCACCUUGAAGCCCUCGGUUGCAACGGGGGAGGUACCCGAAACGCUCUGCUUGAGUGGGCGAGAGUUGGACGCUGCACUCCAGUACGGCCCCACCGCUGGCCAGGAAGAGUUUCUGAACUGGGUAUACCAACUCCAGCAACGAUGCCAUUGCCGGGGCACACCAGAGGAGGAAGGAUGGUCCUGUGCGAUCGGAGCCGGUAGCCAGGAGUUGAUGGAGAAAGCUUUUGCUGCAGUAUGCGAUCCCGAAGACACCAUCCUGAUGGAAACGCCGGUUUACUCUGGCACACUCGGGUUCCUUCAACCCUCUGGUCGCACCUUGAUCGAAAUUGAAUCCGAUCACCAUGGAAUAUCUGCCGUCGAACUUGAACGUGUACUUGCCAACUGGCACUCUGAUCCGGCCACGAGCUCAUUAAAAUUUCCCAAAGUGGUUUACUCCAUACCCACAGGUUCAAACCCCACAGGCUGUUCAGCCCCACUCGAACGCAAGCGGCUCAUCCUAGAGCUUGUUCGUAAAUAUGAUCUGCUCCUUUUUGAAGACGAUGCGUAUUACUUCUUGCAUUUCGAUAGAAAAAAUCGAGCCCCGAGUUACUUUGCUCUGGAAAAGUCAGAGGGUGGUCAAACUGGUCGGGUUGUUCGAUUUGACUCGCUGAGUAAAAUCAUUUCGUCCGGAAUUCGACUUGGUUUCGUCACAGGUCCAGCUAGAAUUCUUGAAAUUAUUAAUCUUCACACUUCGAAUACCAACUUACAGCCCUCUAGUGUAACCCAAGCCAUAACCGGUAAACUACUAUGUCACUGGGGAUUUGAUCGUUUCGAGGCUCAUUGCGACCAAGUCUCGAAGUUUUAUUCUGAUAAGCUCGAAGUAGUCAAUGCUGCUGCCAAAAAACACCUGACAGGAUUGGCAGAGUGGAACAAACCAGUGGCUGGGAUGUUCUUGUGGCUCAAGUUGAACAUCGCUACCCCAGGGAAAGAAGAAGAGGCGGAUUCAUCCACCUUGAUAUCUACACGGGCGGUGCAAAAGGGAGUGCUUGCUGUACCGGGCUGCGCGUUUUUACCAAACGCCGGCAAAAGCGCUUACGUGCGUACUAGUUUCAGCUUGAUCGAUGGAAAUUCGGCCGAUGAGGGCUUUGCGAGGUUAGCUUCUGUGAUCAGGGAAGCACGAGUGGAAGCCGGUUUAGAAUAG